UGCCGGCUCGGCGGCGGCGCAGAGCAGCGGCGGCAGCGAGGGCGGCGGCAGCAGGCACCCGAUGUCUUCGGCGCCCGACAAGCAGCAGCCACCGCACGGCGGCGGCGGCGGCGGCGGCGGGGGAGGCGGCGCGGCCAUGGACCCCGCGUCGUCCGGCCCGUCCAAGGCCAAGAAGACGAACGCCGGCAUCCGGCGCCCCGAGAAGCCGCCCUACUCGUACAUCGCGCUCAUCGUCAUGGCCAUCCAGAGCUCGCCCACCAAGCGCCUGACGCUCAGCGAGAUCUACCAGUUCCUGCAGAGCCGCUUCCCCUUCUUCCGAGGCUCCUACCAGGGCUGGAAGAACUCGGUGCGCCACAACCUCUCGCUCAACGAGUGCUUCAUCAAGCUGCCCAAGGGCCUCGGGCGGCCCGGCAAGGGCCACUACUGGACCAUCGACCCGGCCAGCGAGUUCAUGUUCGAGGAGGGCUCCUUUCGGCGGCGGCCUCGCGGCUUUCGAAGGAAAUGCCAGGCGCUCAAGCCCAUGUACAGCAUGAUGAACGGGCUGGGAUUCAACCAUCUCCCGGACACCUACGGCUUCCAGAGCUCCGCCGGCGGCCUCUCGUGCCCGCCCAACAGCCUGGCGCUCGAGGGUGGCCUGGGCAUGAUGAACGGCCACUUACCGGGCAAUGUGGACGGCAUGGCUUUGCCCAGCCACUCGGUGCCCCACCUGCCCUCCAACGGCGGCCACGCGUACAUGGGCAGCUGUGGCGGUGCGGCGGCCGGCGAAUACCCGCACCACGACGGCUCGGUGCCGGCCUCCCCGUUGCUGCCGGGGGCUGCCGGUGGGGUCAUGGAGCCGCACGCAGUCUACUCCGGCUCUGCGGCUGCCUGGCCGCCCUCAGCCUCGGCGGCGCUCAACAGCGGCGCCUCCUACAUCAAGCAGCAGCCCUUGUCCCCUUCCAACCCCGUGGCCAACCCCCUGUCGGGAAGCCUCUCCACGCACUCCCUGGACCAGCCAUAUCUGCACCAGAACAGCCACAACACGCCAGCUGAGCUGCAAGGCAUCCCUCGGUAUGCAUCCCAGUCACCCAGCAUGUGUGACCGAAAGGAGUUCGUCUUCUCUUUCAACACCAUGGCAUCCUCGUCCAUGCACUCAGCCAGCAGCGGCUCCUACUACCACCAGCAGGUCACCUACCAAGACAUCAAGCCCUGCGUGAUGUGAGGCUGCAGCCACAGGGCCCUCCAGGCACGAGUCGGCCCUGCCCAGGGACCUCAGAACCCAUCGCAAUAAACUGCUCUGUUCUCGAGGUAUAAUGGUCCACAGAGGAAAAGGGUUUGAUGCCUCCCCAACCGGAUUAUUUGGAAAGGAAUCCCCAAGGCAAAGAAGGCCUGGCGCCGCGGUCGGCUCCUCCUUCCCCACUCCCUCAAAAAGUCUAAAAAUGGUGGCGGUGGGGCCUGAUCGGACUGCAAUUGUUGGUAAAUAAUUACCGAUUUUUGAUUCAAUCGAAACCAGCGAGAAGGUGCUGUGUUGGGGGAAAAUCCUCAACAUGGAAACAAGAAUUCUGCUGCAGUCUCUCCCUGUCCUCCCCUCCAGUGGGAAGAGUCAGGGAAGGUUUUCAGGAGAAAGGCGAACAUGUGAGACCAUCAUGAUCAAAUACUUUUAUUUUUUGGUUGAGUAUUUAUCUUUUUAUUUUUAAUUUUUUUGGAAAGAAUAUCUUGGCAGUGAGUCUCCUUCAGAGCCAUCUUUCGCAAGGAAGGAGGGGGGCAGGCAGUCGCACCCUCCCUUCCACCUCCGAGGGCCUCCGCUCACCCACAGGUGAUUCUUUGUGCGAACAACUUGCAUUUCUGAAGCCACUGUUCAUCUUAAAAAAGAAACCAGAUGGGCCCAGGAGCGGCCGCUCUCUCCGGGCCUCUCUGCGUCCGCUGCCGCCUGCCUCGUCCUCCUCCCUUCAGGCUUUUUGGGUUUGUUUCUGCUUCCAGUUUGGCUUUUUUGGUGGGUGUCUUUUCUCUCGAGACCCGACUGUCUCCCGAUGUCUACUGUGAACUUGCUGGUGUGAGAGCGGGGCGCCCGCAGCGCGCCACGGGACGGGGGAGGCCCGGGGAGACGCGGGGAGUGCCGGUCAGGAUUGCAGCGACGACGCAGAGAGGUUAAGGCACUUUUUGAAACUAUAGCAAGGCUCAUCCUGUUAUUUAUUCUACUUUGUUUCCCUAAUAAUCCAAACACCGCAUAGGCGCCUCUGUUUAUCAGUAUUAAUGGUGUAACUUUGUUGGCAAUAUUUGCCGCGUAGAAUUUUCUUUUUAGAUAUCCAUUGUAAAUUUGAAACAAAGUCCGAUCUGUGUAAAAACAAAUUUCCAUAUGUUUUAUAUAAAUAUAUAUAUAAAAUGAAGGACUAUCCCCCCUUUUUUAGUAUUUUGGCUGCUGGGGCGCAGCAGUGGUGACACGUAUUUUAAAUCUCCUGCACUGUAUAAAACGACAAUUUGAGGAUGUUUUGCCUUUUGUGUAUUUUUCCUUAAAAAAAAGAACAAAAAUAAAAAUGUGUAACAUUUGUA